GUGAUGAUAAUUAAUUAUCAGAAAUUCGUUUUUGUAUUGAAAGAAGAUGAUUGACAAAGGGUUCACCAAGAUGGUCAGAGGGUUCAGGGAUUUGGGAGUGAGCUAGAUAGUCCAUCUCAAAUAGAAUUGCACAUAUAGAAGGCCAGCGUAUGAGCCAGGCCCCUUUUUGAAUACAAUAAUCACAGUUUGAAUUUGAUCGAUAGUCCAAGAAACCCCAUGCUUCAACAACAAUUGGAGAGAAACACUGCUUUUCUUACUACGAUCCCCAUUCUUCAUAACUUGUUUGUUGACUGCAACGAUAUAAUCAAUAUGCAAUGGGUUGAGAAACAGGCGCCUUUGACUGGCAAUAUUAAGUGGGAUGGUGUAGCAUUCCUAGUAAAAAAUAAGCUGGUAACUCCUUUAUUCAUUGAACUCUCUGGAGGAAUUAACUCUAAUAGUGGUGCUGAGAAAGCAGGAAGUGAUGAAGAAAAGCUGAUACAGCAAUUAUUGAAGUUGUUAAAACUUAAGAAGGCUGAGGGAUACGAAUUGCCAUAUCAAUUUUAUAUUAGAUAUCACAGUUUAAAGAUUCAUUUUGAAUCUUUGGCUUACUUUGGAGAUUGUUAUAUCAAGCGAACUUACUUUGAGUUAGUAUGUCCCUCAACUCCUAAUGAGUUAAAGGAGUUUGUUGAAAAGAUCCCUGAACUGUUUCAAUAUCGCCAAGCUCUUCUUGACCAACUCAAAAAUUAAAAUGAGUUUGGUAAUAAUAUGAAUGUGGCUUGUAGUUGAUCAUGUAUAUAGUAAAAUAAAAGAAUAUAUUAUUGUUAUUAUUUCAUAUACAAUAAAAAAGAAAAAUAUCGAGUAUCGUUUGCUCAGAAGAAGAAAA